UUGAAACGGAAUCGGAUGGUUCUCAUUCUAGCCACCGCACUUGUGAGAUAGGUAGUUAGUUGCCCGUUGCCGAUUAUCCGAGGUGAGCGACAGUGCAUGUGAAACAUCAAGAGAAAAAAAUAGUGAUCGAGAAGAGAAAAAAAAACGCAAAGGGAGAGACAGGAAGAAACUUGAGAAACUAUGGCCGUGUCAGCAACUCCGCCGGUGCUUUCCCAAACCUCUACUCUGGAGUCUGGCAGCUUAUUUCGCCCCGAUCCGCUGUAUACAAGCCCAGCCGAGUCCCCGAGACUGACAAGCAGCAUGAUCAACUCUUUCAUCAGCGGAGGAGGCGGUGGAAAUGGAAACGGCACAAGCGGCAAUAACGAGUGCAAAAUGGUUGAGGUGCACGGGGUCAGGGUAGCCUCGUUCAACGUGGACGGUCAAGAACUUAUUUGCCUGCCGCAGGUCUUCGAUCUCUUCCUGAAACAUCUGGUCGGAGGGCUGCACACCGUCUACACCAAGCUGAAGCGGCUGGAUAUAUGCCCCGUCGUGUGCACGGUGGAACAGGUCCGAGUUCUGCGGGGGCUUGGGGCUAUUCAGCCCGGGGUGAAUCGCUGCAAACUCAUCACCCGCAAGGACUUCGAGGCGCUGUACAACGACUGCACCAAUGCCAGCUCCAGGCCUGGCCGACCACCCAAGCGUUCCCUGGGGGUAGCGAUGCAGGAAAGCUCCAGGCUUCUUCCCCACAGUGUCCACGGCCUACUGUCUCCCGGCCUCCUCUCAUCCAUGUCGCCCGGAGUAUUUAUGUGUUGUCCUGCAGGGCUGACGGCUGCAGCGAUGGCCGAGGCUAUGAAGCUGCAGAAGAUGAAGCUGAUGGCCAUGAACAACCUGCACGGAGCCGGCAGCCAGAACGGGACCGAGUCGGAGAACGACGAGCUCAACUCCAACACAGGCGGCAGCGAGUCCUCAUGGGACAAAGAGAAGCUCCAGUCUCCCCCCUCCUCUGGUGCUGCCCACAGCCUGGGUCACGCAGGCCUGUCAGGGCAGCACGGCCUGUCCAGCUCCCAACUCAACUCCCUGCAGCAGAACCACAUACUGGCCAACCGACUGGACCUACCCUUCAUGAUGAUGCCCCACCCCCUGCUGCCCGUCGGCCUGCCUCCUGCGUCUGUUGCCAUGGCAAUGAACCAGAUGAACCACCUGAACACCAUCGCCAACAUGGCCGCCGCAGCUCAGAUGCACAGCCCCUUAUCCAGAGGAGGAGCGUCUGUCAUCAAGUCUGACCCUCGGUCUCUGUGGCAGGAGUGUGUCCAGGACAGCCCUUCUCCAGCCCCCUCCAUGGAGGAAGGUCCUCGCCCGGGCUCCCAGCCCUCCUCACACCCCAGCAGCAGUGCCUCCAGCUCCCCCGCCCCGCACCAACACACCUCCGACCGCCUGGCAGAAGAAGGGCAGCUGGCCCUGCCCAUGAUGAAGCCAGGCUUUGAGAAGAUGGCCCUGGGUGGACAGACCCUGCCUCCAGGCUUCCCUGCCCCCUUCCUCUUCGCCGACGGACUCAACUCUGUGGAGACUCUGCUCACCAACAUCCAGGGUCUGCUGAAGGUAGCCGUGGACAACACCCGUGUGCAGGAGAAACACGUUCAGCAGCAGAGGAAGGAGCUUAAGAUGGAGCUCUACAGAGAGAGAGAGAUGAGAGAGAGUCUGGAGAGACAGCUCUCCUCCGAACUGCACAGCCGAGCCACCAUCCAGAAGCGUCUGAAAAAGGAGAAGAAGGCUAAGAGGAAACUGCAGGAGGCUCUGGAGUUUGAGUUCAAGCGCCGUGAGCAGGUGGAGCAGGCCCUCAAAACAGUCACCUCCCCAGAGAACCUCCGUAUGAGUCUCAACGAGGCAGUGAUACCGGAGGUUGAGCCAGAUCAUAACGGCAGCCAGCAGGAGAACUCAGCUGUACAGGAGAACAGACCCUACACCAAGCCUCCCAUCGUGUACUGAAAGAACUCCAGCUCCUCCAGACCUGACCCACGGCUACCGCUGCUGGCUACGCCAGAGACAGAGCCCUUGGCUGGAAGAGAACGAGCGGAGAAGAGGGGCGACUGAAGGGAGGAAUGGAUCCCCUGAAACUCAUGUACAGGACUGCAGAGAGGGUGUGGUGGGGUGAGAGGUAACACUGGAGUAGCUCUUUUUGCUGCCCCAUCAUCUCACUCCAGCUACUUGUAAAAUCCCUCUAUUUCACUUGUUUGAGAAAAAAAGAGUAAGGACCAUUGAAAAUAAAAUGUGGAUUUUUCUCUACUCCCUGUGAAGCACAUACAGAAGCCUAUCCUCCUUCCCUAUCCUCCUUCCCUAUCCUCCUUCCCUAUCCUCCUUCCCUAUCCUCCUUCCCUAUCCUCCUUCCCUAUCCUCCUUCCCUAUCAUAUUUCUCUCCAAGCUGAUUGCCUCUCAUUAUUAUUAUUGUUAUUAAUUAUUAGUAUUAUUAUUGUUGUUAGUUGUUGAUUCCUCAAAUGCCCCAAUAUGUCCCAAUAGCACAAGUCUUGCAGCGCAUAUAUAGGAUAAUUUCUUCUUAAAGCUUGAAAAUCUGAAGGAGGAUAUGAAAUGUAACAUUCAAGACAAAAUGUGCUUCUUUUCUUAUAUCACCUCUUCUUCAUCAAGUAAAAGAGACUGAAAAACGUUUUUGAAUUUCAAUGCUUUUUCUCUUUUGUCCUCUUUUUUUCUGAAAAAUGUCACUGCUUUGUGUUGACUUGGGAAUGUGUCCUGUCCCUGAACUGAAUGUGUCCUCUCCCUGAAUGUGUCCUGUCCCUGAACUGAAUGUGUCCUGUCCCUGAACUGAAUGUGUCCUGUCCCUGAACUGAAUGUGUCCUGUCCCUGAACUGAAUGUGUCCUGUCCCUGAACUGAAUGUGUCCUCUCCCUGAACUGAAUGUGUCCUGUCCCUGAACUGAAUGUGUCCUGUCCCUGAACUGAAUGUGUCCUCUCCCUGAACUGAAUGUGUCCUGUCCCUGAACUGAAUGUGUCCUCUCCCUGAACUGAAUGUGUCCUCUCCCUGAACUGAAUGUGUCCUCUCCCUGAACUGAAUGUGUCCUGUCCCUGAACUGAAUGUGUCCUCUCCCUGAACUGAAUGUGUCCUGUCCCUGAACUGAAUGUGUCCUCUCCCUGAACUGAAUGUGUCCUGUCCCUGAACUGAAGGUGUCCUGUCCCUGAACUGAAUGUGUCCUCUCCCUGAACUGAAGGUGUCUUGUCCCUGAACUGAAUGUGUCCUGUCCCUGAACUGAAUGUGUCCUCUCUUUUAACUGAAUGUGUCCUUCCCUGAACUGAAUGUGUCCUGUCCCUGAACUGAAUGUGUCCUCUCCCUGAACUGAAUGUGUCCUCUCCCUGAACUGAAUCUGUCCUGUCCCUGAACUGAAUGUGUCCUGUCCCUGUACUGAAUGUGUCCUGUCCCUGAACUGAAUGUGUCCUGUCCCUGAACUGAAUGUGUCCUCUCCCUGUACUGAAUGUGUCCUCUCUUUGAACUGAAUGUGUCCUCUCCCAGAACUGAAUGUGUCCUCUCCCUGAACUGAAUGUGUCCUCUCCCAGAACUGAAUGUGUCCUCUCCCUUGACUGAAUGUGUCCUCUCCCUGAACUGAAUGUGUCCUCUCCCUGAACUGAAUGUGUCCUGUCCCUGAACUGAAUGUGUCCUGUCCCUGUACUGAAUGUGUCCUGUCCCUGAACUGAAUGUGUCCUGUCCCUGAACUGAAUGUGUCCUCUCCCUGUACUGAAUGUGUCCUCUCUUUGAACUGAAUGUGUCCUCUCCCUGAACUGAAUGUGUCCUCUCCCUGAACUGAAUGUGUCCUGUCCCUGAACUGAAUGUGUCCUGUCCCUGUACUGAAUGUGUCCUGUCCCUGAACUGAAUGUGUCCUGUCCCUGAACUGAAUGUGUCCUCUCCCUGUACUGAAUGUGUCCUCUCUUUGAACUGAAUGUGUCCUCUCCCAGAACUGAAUGUGUCCUUCCCUGAACUGAAUGUGUCCUCUCCCAGAACUGAAUGUGUCCUCUCCCAGAACUGAAUGUGUCCUCUCCCUGAACUGAAUGUGUCCUCUCCCUGAACUGAAUGUGUCCUCUCCCAGAACUGAAUGUGUCCUCUCCCAGAACUGAAUGUGUCCUCUCCCUGAACUGAAUGUGUCCUCUCCCUGAAUUGAAUGUGCCCUGUCCCUGUACUGAAUGUGCCCUGUCCCUGAACUGAAGGUGCCCUGUCCCUGAACUGAAGGUGCCCUGUCCCUGAACUGCGUUGUUUGUGUGUGUUUACUGAAAGCUCAGUCUGGAUACCUUUCCCCACUAAUGGUUUCUCUGUUGCUCAGUUCAAAUGUUAUAUUGCUGUUUAAAAGACAGUAUUCCAGUAACCCCUGUUCUGUCCCCCCUCCCCUUUGUUUUUAAAGACAUGUAAAAAUGCUUUAGCAUUGGCUAGUCUGACGUCGUAAUUAAGUGGAUACAUUUGUUGUCAAGAAAAAAAACGUAAGUAAAAUGAAAUACCCUAAUGCAUAUCCGAUGCAAGCAUGCCUGUAGAUACAACACUGGUGGGGAAAAAAAGUUUAAAAAACAUGCCAAUUCAAAUAUAUUUUUUACAAUUUUGGGAUUUUAAUUAUUACCAUGAUCACAACCAGGCAGCUAUUUAAAAUUGUUGACCUUGUUUUAAUGAUGAUAUCACAUCACAGCCGUGCACAAAACACACACAAUGACAAACGUACUUCUGGAAAUCUUGCUAGAUUUUGUUUUGGGUUGUUGUUUGGUUUUGUAGUAAUAAAGAUCUAGAUUCAGA